AUAAGAGUUUAGUCGUAAGAUUUAAAAGGGAAUUUAAAGUGUUUUUAUUGUUAAAAUUGUGCAAAUUUUUUAAUAAAACUUAAAUUAAUAAUGCAAAUUAAUUAAGAAAAAAAUAUGAAUUUUAAUAAAGAAAACAUGAAUUCUUUCUUAGGAUAAUGUUUUUUUUAAUUUUGUUUUUGUAAUACUAUUGUGUGCUAUGGAAAUUGUUUCAAUAUAGAAAAAAAAAACAAUAAAAGAAAGUUUCUCCCAAAUUCUAAUUAGGGCAGAAAAAAAAAAGUUGUAGCUAUAAAAAAAGAAAAUAAAAGUAAAAUUAUACCAUAUUAAUAAAGAAUAAUAGUUAAAUUAAUUAAAAUAUUAAAAAAACAAUUUGAAAAUGUCAUUAAAUUCGUAAUAUAUGCUUUUGGUGAUUUAAAUGAAUUCCAAUUCAAAAUAAAUAUUUACAAGUUGUUCUUAUGUAUUUUGAAUAAUAUUUAGAUGGUACUAUUACCUGCGUGCAGUACAAUGCAUUAAAUAGAGCCUUAGGUUAAAUUAAAAAAAUAUAGAAAAUAGAAUACGCUCUCAAGGACGUUAUUGGAAUCCAAAAUAAAUCAAUAAAAAAUAAAAAAAUUCUAAUCAAGUACUCGUUUCAAUUAAAAUAUCAAUUAAAAGAGUUUCAAUUUAAUUUUUUUUUGUUCAUUUUCUUUUAAUUUUUAAGUAAUAUUAUUCUUACAUACAGAAUAAAUUUAAAAAUAAAAUAAUAAAUCUACCUAUAUGUAAUUGCAAAAUAAUAAUAAAAAAUUUGUUAAAAAAAAACAACAAUAACAAAAAUUUUAUCAAUUAUGACAUUCAUACAGAGCACAAUAUCCCGCCGGGCAAAUCUUAUUGGUAUAUGCGGUGUAAGUAGUCUAUGUAUAUUGUUAUUAAUAGCAACACAACAUAGACCACUUCCGGAGCCGCAAUUUUCAACAGAAAAUUAUCGUUCAUUUAAUACAACUGUUACAAUAAAUGAUAUAUUAUUAUAUCAAAGAGCAAAAAUUAUACAAGAAAUGGAAAAUUUUGAAUAUCCAGCUGGUAGAUUUGGUGUUGAUGCUGAAAAAUUAUCUGAUUUAAUAAUGGAAAAUGAUGGUUCACCAGUACGUUCAAUAAUUGUAACAACAUGGAGAUCUGGUUCAACAUUUUUAGGUGAUAUAUUAAAUUCAAUGCCCGGUAAUUAUUAUCAUUAUGAACCAUUAUUAAAUUUUGAUAUUAAACAAAUUCGUGGUCCACCAGAUGAUGAGAAAGCAAUAAAUAAUUUAAAAAAUUUAUUAAAAUGUGAUUAUACUGAUAUGGAAGAAUAUUUAGAAUAUGGUAAAGAACAUAAAUAUUUAUUUGAACAUAAUGAACGUUUAUGGACCCAAUGUAAAGAAUUUCCACAAUUUUGUUGGAGACCAAAAUUUUUAACACCAUUUUGUAAAUUAUUUCCAUUACAAAGUAUGAAAAUUGUUAGAUUAAGAUUAUCAUUAGCUGAAAAACUUUUAGAGGAUGAAAGGUAAGUGUACAAAUAUGGCUAUGUAUAAAAAGUGAUAUGGAACAAUAGAAAUGACUAAAAACACCUGCAUCAUUCAGGUUGCCAGUUUUUUCUUUCUCUUUUAGUACUGAAGUUGGGGCUUUCAAUUCAUCAAAAUGGAAAAUAUGAAAGGAUUUAAAAAAAAAGUUUUUUCUUUUAUUUUGCUAACUAAAAUCUUAUUUACUUACUUUUAUUUGUAUAGCGUAUGUAAUAUGAGUGUUGUGCCUUAAAAAGUAAUUUCUUGUAUCUUUUAGAGUGCAACAUUAAAAGAGAAAAGGUAUUUAUUUUAGGAAAUUUUAAAUUGAAAGAGUGAAAGAAAUGCAAAAAAAAAAAUUUGGGUCAUACUCUUAAAUAUAUGGGUAAAAAGAUUAAAGAAAGCAAAGCUUGUAAGACUUUUGUUAAAAUAAUAAAAUUUUAAAU